AUGCAGACAUCUGGGGUCAUAAACCAGAGCUCUGUACGCCGCAACCUCUUCCACGGGAACCUUAGCCGCCGACCUGCAUCCAUGGGACCACCCAAUGGCACAGCUCCUCAGAACCACAAUGGACUUUCCAAUCGUCCUUCGCACCGGUUGAAGACCAAGUCCUCGGACUCGGGACCGCAUUCUCGGCCAUUCAAAACGUCGGAUAAUAGAGAUAUUGUGGUUCGAGAUAAGAAUGGCAGCUACAAGCUUGAAAUUCCGACAUUACCGCAGGCUCUAGUUGGAGAAAAUGGAGAGGAGCUGGCUGAACUUGCGCCGGAGGAUGGUGGAUGUGAUUCUUCGGAGCUAAGCCUUGCGCGUGACAAAGAGAAGUUCGAGGCAGCUCUUGUGGAGAUGAUGGUUCGGCAUCGGAAUAGACAAUCGAACAGUGAACCUGAUGAGAUUCUAAAUAUGGUGCACGAGAGCCUGCGCAAGAAGGUAGCAUCAUUGGAUGACGAUAAUUGGAUGUUUGAGCCUGAGAAGGACUCGAUUUCUAACUAG